AUGGCAUUAGGAUUGGCCUAUAUUCACCAUGAGAAUUUUAUUCAUCGGGAUUUAAAGAGCAUGAAUAUCUUGCUAGCUAACAAUUAUGAAGUAAAAAUAUCAGACUUUGGCUUAUCUAAGACUAAAACUAUGAAAAUUGCUGCUAAGUGUACAAGACCUUUUGAAGAUAUUGAUGAUAAUUCAGUAGAAAAUGACCCUAGUAAAAGAAUAACCUUAUUAAGCAUACUUGAAAUAAUUAAAAGUGAUAGUUAUGCUAGUCGACUACUAGAAUCUUCGAACCUAUCUAAGUCUCGAAACGGUCAAGAAAUUAAUGACCACUUUCGUAAAUUCUCUCAGUCGUUGAAGUUUGACAUUGGAGAAAUUAACAAAGAUACUAAACAACUAACUCCGGAAGAAGUACUAAACCAUGGCAAUUUAGAACAGUUAAAUCAAGAAUAUUUUCAGUGGUGGCAAUCCCAACAACAAACUCAAAUCCAAAUCCCACCUAAAUAG